AUGGCAGUUGCCUCUGAAUUUGACAGCAAGAUCAUGAAUUACUACAGCAGCAAUGAUAAUGACCGGUGCUUUGAGAUUGAUGGCCCCAAACAGAUGAAGUAUGGUUUCCCAGACCUGGACCCCUGUUCUCCAGAAGAGGGCAUCCAGCUUCAGAUCUCCUACAAACACUACAAGAAGAGCUUCAAGCAGGUCGUGUCAGUCAUUGUAGCAGUGGAGAAGCUGAAGACUGUCCUGGUUCCCUGCUCACCAGCCUCACUGGCCACACUUUUUUCCUUCAUUUUCGAAGAAGAAUUCAUUGACUUGGAUGACAUCUAUGAGUGUGACGUGGCUGUACUGUCCCUAAACUGCAGGCUCCGGGACAUAGACCAAAAGUGCUUGGUGAUGUCGGGUCCAUAUGAGCUACAGGCCCUUCACCUCAAUGGUGAGAAUAUAGAACAACAAGUGGUGUUCUCCAUGGUGUUUGUACAAGGAGAAAUAAGUCAAGAGAAGAUCCCUGUGGCCUUGGGCCUCAAGGGAAAUAGUUUGUACCUGUCCUGUGUGAUGAGUGAUGGGAAGCCCACCCUGCAGCUGGAGAAAACUGAUCCUAAACUUUACCCCAAAAAGAAGAUGGAAAAGCGAUUUGUCUUCAACAAGCUGCAAGUCAAGGAUAAGGUGGAAUUUGAGUCAGCAGAGUACCCCAACUGGUACAUCAGCACCUCUCAAAUGGAUGAAAUGCCCAUCUUCCUAGGAAAUAACAGAGGUGGCCAGGAUAUAACUGACUUCACCAUGGAGGAAGUGUAG